AUGUCAGUGAGCAACAGGGAUUCAAAUGAUCGGACCCAACGACCUUUUACCAGCAAUAGCAGCUCAUCCACACAUUCGAGCCUCCUCCGUUCACCGGUUCCAGAAAGAAGCGGGUUGAUGAUAGAGUAUGCACAGAGAGAACAGAGAGAAAUGAGAGAAAGAGAAGAGAGAGGAAAUAGAGAGGGAAUGGAAAGAGAAUUGAAAGAGCGAAGAGAAAGGGAAACAAGAGUGAGAGAAGACAGAACCGCAGAGGAGAGCCUUCCACUUCAGGAGACUCCGCCCUGGCAGUGUGAGCACUACCAGAGACGUUGUACUGUCAAGUUUCCAUGUUGCGGAGUGUUUUAUCCGUGCGAACGCUGUCACAAUUUAUCGGGGACAUGCCCUGCUAAUGAUAAGAAGGCACGUCAUGCGACGCAUGUCAAGUGCGGAAAUUGUGGACGCGAAGAAGAGGUUAGUAUCUUUUGCAUUCUUGGAAUCUUGUCGUAAUGAAGUAGCUUAGAGAAACAAAGUCAUAAAAAACCCGAUUUUAUCCCAAAAUACCUGACGUUAAGAUCCCAUGGGAGUGAGUUACAUCUAACUUCAGAUUAAUCAGAAAACCAAGAGCAAUAGAGAGCCUUCGCCUUGAGCGACGUUGAAAACGAAUUUCUUGUAAGCACGAAGGCCAAUCAGCGCGGGAAAAUAAUUUUGGCCAGGUCUCCACUGGUUUUGGUUUGGCAUCUGAUUGGGUGAGAAGUUGGCGCGAGGCUUUUAGAUUGAUCCUACAGUUCUAUGACGGGAAAUCAAUGUCAUAUGCUGGGUUAUUAUCGUCACUUAGUUGAAACAAGAGAACUUGGCUCCAAGAGGCAACUGUUUAAAUCAUGCCUCUAUAUAAAUUGCUCUAGGUAUUGCUUGUGACACAAUGUUUGGCUAAACUGAUAGAGGGAUAAACAACUUCUUUGCAACAUUCUGAAAUUAAAAAUCACUUUUUAACGUAACAUCCUCUGACUGAUAAUAUUCUAAUCUAAUUCAGAUAAACGAAAAAAGUCAAACCUGCAGACACUGUGGCGUAAAAUUGUCAGAAUAUUUCUGCCCAAAGUGUAAGCAUUUUAUAGGUGUUGACAAGAACCCUUUCCACUGUGAGAAGUGUAAAAUCUGCCGGUAAGUUGUUUUUCAAUUGAAUUAUACUUAACAAAUAGAUUCCAAGUUGCCGUGCGUCUGUUCAGUAAUAGAUCACAGAGGACGUCAAAAUGUGGUCAGAACAUCAGAAAAAAAAAAAAGAUUUAAUGAUGACGUCAUCUAUACGUCUGUUCUCCAAUAGAACAUAAGUAAGAACCAACCAGAAUGCGUGCAGAACUGAGCUUAUUAUAUAAAACGACUUAGUGACACGUUCAUUAUCCCGUAUGCUAUACAUUCAAAACAUCCAGUUACAUGCAGAGUCAAAAUCCUUUUUAGAACGUAUUGUUUUCUUUAAACCUAAAAGAGAUAGUUUUAAGGGAAUACAACAAAGGUUGUUAUAAGUACUGUUAACUCUUGCGCUCCAAACGUUUCUUUAAGUGCCACUGAAUAUUUCUCCAGGCGAAGAAAAUCUCAGUUCGUGAAACUGAGGCCACUGUGCCUGGCCAACAAAAUCUAUCCCGAGUGCUAUUGAGAGCGAAGUAAUGCAAAGUAUUGCAUUGCGCAACAACAUUUUAAACAAUUUCCAAAAGGUCAUAAAGAGACGUAACAUAGACUGAAAGAAGAAAACGAUAGAAUGGUUUUUGCUUUGGGAGAAACAUCCGCCGGCUUAGAAUAACGUUAGUGACGUGAUGGCCCUAUCAUUUCAUUUAAUCAAACUGUUGUUUCAGCUUAAACAAGGACACAUCCUUUCACUGCGACGUGUGCAAUGUUUGCAUGGGGAAGCAAAUGGAGGGAAAACACAAAUGUCGGCUGAACUCAGGACUUGACAAUUGUUGCAUCUGCUUUGAGGUAAUUAUAUAUAGAUCAUGUUCCACACUUUUAAAUUGCUCCAAACACAGGUGGGAAUUUAUGCUUUGUAGCAAAGAUCUUAAAAGACAUCUGAAGCCCUAGGAGACAGCUCUUAAUAAUGAAAAUGUCUGGGUACGAGUGUUACUGACACGUUAAAUUCUGCAUGCUAUUUCAGGAGGUGUUCACCGGUGGCCAAAUCAUGCCAUGCUCACAUAAGGUUCAUAAAGAGUGUGGCUCUAGAAUGAUGUUUUAUGCAGAGAUACAGAAUCGCGUGUAAGUAUGUUUAGAUAGUCCAAAGCAACUGUUCAUAACGUUUUAAAGGAUAUUAAUAAACGAGAGUAUAACUUAAGUAAUGGUGGUGGUGCUGUCAUCAUGAAACCGUUUCCGCAGUUGUCAGUUGAUGUAUCAAGACUUCUCUUACUUGAUGCAAUGAACACGCCAUUAUGCUGUAGUGAUGUAAACAUAAAACCCGGAUAUUCUGUGGGUGUAACAAGUAGUGCUGUGUUACGCAAUGAGGUACAGUAUCAAACGGCAGUUUGUUCGUCAAUGUCGAAAGAAAUCCAGGAUAACUUUGGUUUGGCAGGAAACUCGAGCCAGCUUCUCAACAAAUCAAGUACAAAACUAAAAGAAAUUUCGGCUUGGUCAUUCACGUUUUCGCGCACUUUCCUGACUUUGAAUUCUUACUGGUUAUGAGUAAUUCUAAACGAGUGUCACAAGUAACCGGGAUUACGUUGGCUUUCUAUCACUUCGCUCUGUGAUUGGUCCAGAAAACUACAUCUCGACCAAUCAGAUACAAAACUAACCCUAUAUGCGACAUAAUCACUCCUUUUCUUCCCGCCUUUAGAGGAGUGUACUUUGAGAGCUCUGUAUCUUACAGUUUCUUUUUCUUUUGCUUUUAGUCUUAUUUGCCCAGUGUGCCGCUGCCCUGUGGAAGGUCAGCUCCAGCAGUAA